AUGGAUCUCAGGCUUGCUUUUGAUGACGAUGAUUUAAACACAACAAGAGAGAAAACCAGAGAUGAUAUUAAUCUACCGUACAAUGUUAAAACGUGCAGUCCCCAGUGGUUUGAAUCUGUCGUGGAGUCAUACCAAAAGAAUUUUGUGGACACAGAAGCAGAAGUGGACCUGGAGCAGAUACCACAAAUAUUUAAAUACAGCGGCGACUUUCAUUACCAUAAACAAAAUUAUGAGAUUGCUGCACAGAGAUACAAACGUUCUUUAGAGCUUUUACCUGAGAAUAAUGUCUUGAUGAGGAUAGAUGUGAAGGAAUCCCUUUGUAGGUGUUAUCUGUACUGUGGCCAAACCAGUGAAAGUCUACAAUUAGCAAGAGAUAUGGUGUCAGAGAUGUCUAAUCAAGAUGAAACACAUCAAAGGCAAGCAUUAUUACUCUUGUCAACGGUGUGUGAAAAGAUGGAAAGAUGGGCAGAGUGUGUUGAAUGCUUGGAGAAACUGUGCACCAGACAUCCCUAUUUUGCUCAGUGUUGGGAUGGGCUUGGCGAUGCCUACAUGAAGCUGUAUUCUCAUCCUUCAGUAGACAACGGCAUUCUUGUGAAGGAAGAAGCAUUUAAUGGAGGAGGCCAUUUUAAUUCUGAAAUACAUAUAGUCAGACCACUAACAUGCUACAUCAGAGCGAG